UGCGACCGUCCCGCCAUAUUGUGUAUGCAGCGCGGGUCAGUGGCGCGUGUAUAUGGGUCUUUCGUGAGGAUUUUCUCUCUCGCGGCAAAAGGCAGGGGUGCAUGAAUCUGCCUACUUAGCUAACGAGGAAUACUGUGCGCACGAUGGAUCUGGCUAAACUGAAAGUGGUGGAGUUACGGGCCCUGCUGUCCGAACGCGGGCUCGAUGCCAAGGGCAACAAACCAGUGCUCGUCGAGCGGCUACGCAAGGCGAUCGAGGAGGAGGAGGAGCAAGUGCAGGAGCACGGUCAGGACAGAUCAACGUUGCAGACAGAGAAUAGCGACACAGCCUUCAAAGAGUCACCGGAAAGAACGAUGGAAGCUGCACGAUCUUCACAGUCGCCGAGGACACCCAGCAGAGCGUCCAGAAGCUCUUUGAUGGUGACUCCGACAAAAGUUUCUACAAGAAAUGCGUCCAGAGCAAUGACGCCAAACUCUUCAAAACAAGCUACUCAGAGCAAACUUCAAUACAUCGAGAAAACGCAUGAGGUAUUAACAACAAUAUCAGAGUCUACUUCCGAGGAAGUAUCUGUACUACAGCAGCAAGAGAAGAUAUCAAAAUUGUCUUCUGAGAAGUACAAGGAGGAGCAGGAAGACAAUACGCCACACGUUGUUCAGAACGUGGGCUAUCCAUUGCCAUCUGAAAAAUUCCAGGAGGAGGAAGCAAAGCGUACUAAUAUUUUAGAGAAUAGAUACGAGGCAAACGUUCCCCAAGUACCUGCAACAGAACCGUCUGAAAAAUCUAGUAUAAUUGCACACGUAGAUCAAUUUUCUAUACGUCGAGUGCAGUAUGAGGCGAAGGAAUUUAGCAUAGAUGAAGAUAGCAAAGACGAAGACGUUCAACUGAUUGCUGAGGAAACAAAGGAUAUCGCAAAGUUGGAGGAAAAGGCAGAGAUCAAAGAGGAUAUCGAUGAAGAGGAAGAUGAUGCUUUUGAAAAAGAUAUUGAGCAGAAAACCGAGUCGGUUGAGAAAGAGAGCAUUAAACAUAUAGGGGAUACACGUAACAUUAAGGGUAAUAUAGACAUUCCAACAAUUGAACAGUCAAUCCAUGUGAUACCUGAUCAGCUAGACAAGACGUAUGAUAUUGAGAUGAAAAAUGAAGAAAAGAUUACCGACGAGAUUUAUGUGGUGCAAGAUGAAGAAGAAAUGGAUUCAGUCGAGGACGCAAAUGGAAAGGCAAAUAACGAUGCUUUACAGGACGAGCAGGUUGCAGAAAGGACUGACGUGAAACAAGAGGACGUCAAGUUUGAUUCAGAACAAUCAAAUCAAAAAGAGUGCAAUGACAAAAAAAGGAAACGAUCUCCUAGUCCCGCGGAAGUUUAUCAGAAGUCUCCUACGCCGCAGAAAACGGAGGAUGAACCGGAUAUCGAUGAAACUGCCAUGAUCUUGUCAUGGUACGAUUCGGACUUGAAUUUAGUCAUCGAUAAAGAGGGAUUUCUCUCCGCCACACCCAUGCACAAUAGUGAUUUCUGUUACAUAUGGGCUGGUGCAAGGGCGUCGUAUGGUUUCGUGAAUGGAAAGAUAUGCUACGAGAUCAAAAUUACGGAGCAACAUUCUGUCGCUAUAAAAGAUGAGAAGCACUCGCACGUGCUUAGAAUCGGCUGGUCGGUCUCCUCCACGUCCAUGCAGCUUGGCGAGGAGAAGCUGAGUUACGCGUACACGAGCGCCGGGCAGAAGGGCACCGACAGCAAGUUCCUCGAUUACGGCACGCGAUUCAACAAGGGCGACGUCGUGGGAUGCUACCUCGAUAUGACGCCCGAGGACACGGUGGAACUAUUUUACACGGUAAACGGCAAGGAUCUCGGACCUGCGUUCAGUAUCCCGAAGGAAGAGCUCGGCGAGCGGCCGUUGUUCCCGCACAUUUUGAGCAAAAACUGCACGUUCGCCUGCAACUUCGGGCAAGAGGAGGCGUGGUGCGAGCGAAUCCCGGAAUACGUCUUCGUGGGUGACGUGGACCUGGAGGACAGAGUCGCCGGCCCGCGUAGACCAGAAGCGAGAUCAGAUUGCGAGAUGAUAAUGAUCUGCGGAUUGCCCGCGGUGGGGAAAACCGUUUGGGCGAGGAAACACGCGGCCGAACAUCCGGACAAGUUUUACAAUAUUUUAGGGGUUCACCACUUGGUCGAGAAAACGGGGGACGUCGCUGUGUCGGAUCAAGAACGAAACGCGCACCGACGAGAAGUCAUUGAUAAGUGCAAUCGCGCACUCGAUCAGUUGAUCGACACAGCGGGCAGUAGGAGGCGUAACUAUAUAUUAGAUCAGAAGAGCAACGUGUACUCUUCGGUACAAAGGCGUAAAAUGCGAAACUUUGGUGGGUAUCAGCGGAAAGCAAUUGUUGUCAUACCAACGAACGAGGAGUACAGUCAACGUUUGGCCGCACGCGGUGCAGAGGGAGAUACGUCAGAAUCAAGCCUUAUGGGACUAAAAGCAAAUUUUGCUGCACCCUCGGUGGGAGAGUCUUUUGACGUAGUGGAAUGGGUCGGCGUCGACGAGACGGAGGGUAAGAAACUUAUUGAAAAAUAUAACAAGGAAGGAAAGGAGGCUGGAUUCGGUCAACAUGCAGUGACGAAACGGCCGCGUCUUGACAAGACUGAGGGUAACAGGGAGACACGUGAUUCGCGGAACAACCGAGAUACACGGGAUCACCGAAGGAAUAAUUAUCAAGACAGGGGACGCAAUCCUCCUUGGCGCGGCGCUAAUAUGGGGGGUUGGAGGGGAGAAAGACCACAAAGAGGCGGGUACAUGAGGCAUACCGGGUAUGGGCCUCCCGCUCCGUGGAGAUUACGAGGACGCGGUGGACCCGUGGUACGAGGCUCGGACAGAAGGAUUGGUGGUGUCGAUAGAAGAAACGACAGAAAUCGGUCCGUUCAGCCUAGGCAAGGGGGUUGGGGCCCUAUGAGCAGCAAUUAUCAGGGAUCACAGCAGUCUGGAUGGGGGGGUCAGCAGGACAACUGGUCGAGCGGUCAGUCUCAAACCUGGAACCAACAGAGUUGGGGCCAGCAACAGAGUUGGGGAGGCGGCUGGAAGGGAUACGGUCAAAGCACUGGUUACCAGACUGGUUAUCAGCAGCAGGGAUACGGUAACGGCAACUGGAACAACUGGAAUCAACAGUAUUAUAACAACCAAUAUUGGGGCCAGCAACAACAGAGUGGACAGACCACUGCGGCUGGCAGCCAAGCUGUAAGCAAACAAUAAUCCAUCAUCGUAAAUAAAACGAGAAACGGAAACUGAAUGUAAGGAAGCUACAAGCGAAACGGUUGCAACGACUUCUACCGAUAUGGAAGCAGGAUACAGUUAUUCGCAAGGGUGACAGAGUUUCGCGCGAGGAUGAGCUACGUACGCCGCUCAAAGUACUGUGACCAUUGCAGCUACUACGCAACAGUCCCAUUCACAUAAGUAGAAAAAAAAAGAAUUUACCACAAUUAUAUAUAUAAUUGCAGUAUAUAUUUUCACAAGUGUUUGUGUUUCUUGCGACAUAUAAAUCUCGUAGAAUAUUGCAUUGACGUAACGGCAAGUAUAUUGCGCUUUCAUAGUUUCGGCAAACAUUCGCACGACUCUCUUUUGUCCCUCGUAAGGGUGAUUAGUAAUUGCCAGCACCAUGAAAUUUCUCUUGCAUCGAGAUGCAACAGGUGCAAAUACGAAAUCAAUUUUGAGGUAUAAUCGGUACUAGUGAGCUGAAUAUCCUUACUGGAAACACAGGUCUAAUAAUAUAAGUGCAUUAACAGUAACGUGUAAUAUCCGAGAAGAGAUAUAAAUUUUUAUCGCAUUUUUAAAAAUCAACAACUUUGAAAAUUGUAAGAAAGAGAAAGAGGAAGAACACUACGUAUGGGUACAAACCACGCAAAUAGCAUUAACAGUCGAGAGAAAAAAAAGGAAAACUGAUAAUCACCUCAAAAGCUCGUGUAAAUAUGUACAGAUCUAAAGUAAAACAAAAAUAUGUGCAAAAGAUAUAUAUCUAUUUAUACACUGAAUAAAAUCUUGUAGUACAAUCUUUAGUGGUGCCCUUUUAGAACAAAAAAGAUAUGCAAGAAAAAAAAAAUAUAUAUUGUACAUCAUUUAUCUAUCUUUAUCUUUCUACAACUAUAAACAAUGUAUAAUGAGAGAAGAUAUUAUGGCGCAAAUAAAUUAUUCUUGGACACAUGUUUUAUACAUGCAAACUUUUCAUUGUAUAAAAACGAGUAUAUUGUACUUUUAUACAUAUAUGUAUGUUGUACUUGGAUACAUGCGAUAUAUUGGGUCGUUCAAAUACACAUUUCAUACCACACAAUUGCAGAACUUUUCCAUUAAAGAAACGGAAUUACUGAAAUUAUGCAAGAGAUUGCAAAUAAUUAUAUAGUAACGCAAACAAGUAUUUUGUGAGGAGCACACAUAAAGAAAAACAUAUAUAGUUGAGUAAAAAUAAAGAUGUAACUCUACAUAGAGACAUUCGUCUUCUAUCAACCCUUCAACUCAAUAUAUUGUAUUUGCAACAUACUUAUUAUAUGUAUGCAAUAUAUGGGUACAAUAUAUAUCGACUGGAAUAUGUACGGGACAAAGUCUCUUACUAUGAUUAGUUUUAAUGGAUAAAUAUAAUUUCCCAUAUGGUUUUGUACCUACCGUAUCUUCUAAUUACACAAAGCGCUUUACUCUGGAAUUAUUAUCCACAUGCAUAAAUAUGUCCUUGCUAGUUCUGCGUUUUUUCUAAUUUUCCAUAUUACUCUGAGCGCGUAUUUAGUUUCGCCACACAUUGAACUAUUCUACGUGAUACUCUAUUCACAAUGCAUUUGUUACCCUACGUAGUUCCUCUAUUAGGAUUAUUCAGUUUACUUACAUUCUUUCGAAAAGAAAGAGAAAUAUGUUAAAGUGUCACAAUAUGUCUUAAUCAUCGCGGAAAUAUCUUCAUUUUUGUCUCAGCUGCGUCUCAUAUAUAUUGAUGAUAUAUUUUUAUAUAUAAAUGAUGUUUAUACAUGAACGCGCGUGUGUUUGUUAAUAUCGAUUCUGUUAAUCGCGCGAACGUGGGCGUUUCAAGUUUGCUGAGAGAAUCAUGAGAAUCAUGAAUCUUAUAAAUUAAUACAUCAAAGAUUGUAUGCGAUUUAAUGACGAUAUAUAUGCGACUUGCAUUAUUGCAUUACGUCACUAUUUCAUUCUUAAUUAUUUUAAUUGAAGGUAAAUAUAUAUAUAUUUGAAAGAAAGAAAUCUUAUGAACAAGGAAAUUGAUUGCCAUUUCCUUCCAUAAUUUUUUAUUCAUCCACACGAGAUUUUCUUUUUUUACGUUCGAGGAAUGAUUGUCCCAGUUUGUUUUUUUCCGAGAAUAUAUUGUACAGAUUGUGUGAUGUUUCUAACUAAAGUACUUCUAUGUGUAAUCGAAAAUAAUUUAAUGAUUAAAUAGCGGUAGGAUAUAAGAAUAUAAUGGAAAAAUAUUAGAAAAUGGGAGAGAGAGAAAGAGAGGGAGAGAGAGAGAGCGAGAGAGCGAGAGAUGAGCUAUUUUUUAAGAAAUAAUCAGUUCUAUUUAACCAACAUAUAAUGUAUGCUAGUACCUCUGUGUUACCAUAAGCAAAGAUAAAAAACAGGCACAAUGUUCAUGAGCCGCAUUGUGUAAUAACGAUAAUCACGUAUGGUGAUUUUUUUCUAUACGACAGGAAACAAAAUUAGUAUAUAUAUAUAAUCUGUAAACUUAAUUGUUGACACAAAAAUGUACAAACUUAUUCAUAAAAAUAAAAGAAGUUCUUCUC